AUGUAUAAAUACAGGAGGUUUGCCUCCAAAAGCUCACAAAAACUAUGUAACCGGACGUAUCCAAAAUAUAGUAUACCAGAUAAGCAAGAUGAAGAGGCUAUAUUGGAGACGAUUUCAGAGGAGAUAAUUGAGCUAUAUAGGCGUCUUGAUAUAUGUGCACGCCUUAAUCAUAUAUCUAUUUGUUUUGAUCCGAUUUAUUAUGAGGACAAUGUUUUUUUGUAUGGGUUAAAUUUGGCAGGAAAUGCACGUACAUGUAUUUUUUAUAAGGCGUCUGAAGUUUGUCGGAUAUUGAGGAGGGCUAUUCGUUUGCAUAUUGAUGUUUUUAAAGGGGUUAAUGAAGAAACAAAUGUGAAUGAUGAUGAGGCGAAAACGCUUUCUUGUCUUGAAACAUGCAUUUUUCGAUCUUUAUCAGUGUUGGAUGAUCUAAUUUUUUUGAAUUGUGUUGAAAGGAGCAUGUUUCUUGUUGCAUUGUUUAAGAACUUUGAUUUGGAGAGUCUUGAGUGGUUUUGUCUUGAAAGUCAUGGAAAAGAGAUGAAUGCUUUGUUAAUCUUUUUGAACGAUUUAUUUAAAGAUAAUUCUUUUGUUUGUGAUAUUUUGUUUAACAAUGAUAUGGCAAGAGAAAUGAUGAUUUUAUUUUGUUCUUUAUCAGAAAAAAUGUACAUGGAUGAAAUGUCUAAUAAUUUUGAAUUACUACCUGGAGUUCAAAUGAAUGAUUCCCAAUUGGUUUUCAUGAAAUUUUUGAAUACAUUUCUUUCUAAUUAUACCGAUCAAGAAAUUAUAUCCGAAAAAUUGUGCAAAUUUAUAGAAUCUAUGUUAAAUUUAUCAUGUAUAUCAAUGGUUGAAAUAGUAAAAACACAGGUAUCUGAUGGCAAUCAAAUAUUUGCAGAAAAUCAAAAAAUAUUAAAAGCCACUGAAAUAUUGAUUUCAUGUGCUUUUCAUGUGUCAAAGAAUUUUAAAACAAAGCAAUUGCUUUUGAAAAAUGAUUUAUUAAAAAAUUUAAUAAACCUUUUACAAUCCAUACAUGAUUAUAGUAUAUCACAAAAUAAAACAAGUAAAACUUUAAACAAUGACUCUAAUAAAAUUACAUUUCCAUAUUUCAAAAGGGAUAUUAUACAAUUAUUAUCUACGUUAUGUUUUAAAAACAAGAAAGUUCAGGAUGAUAUACGAGAGUUACAUGGACUGGAAUUGAUAUUGUCUCAAUGCAGAAUUGAUGAUGAAAAUCCUUAUUUAAAAGAGUAUGCUAUAUUUUGCUUGAGAAAUGUGCUUGAAGAUAACGAAGAAAAUAAAGAACUUUUAAGGAAUAUGAAACCUAUUAGAUUGCAAAGCUCCGAAAUUACUGAUAAAUUGGGUCUGAUAUUGGAAAUGAAUAAAAUUCGUAUUUCAAUAUAA